UGAAAUAGAACAACCCAGUAUGCCCUGAGACCAGGAUCCAUAUGCACAGUUACUAGCAGAGAACUAUGAAAGAACAGUUAUAGACAGUUAAUUUAUGUAAAGAUUUCGAUGGCAUUUGACUGGUAAACAAUGUAAUCAAGAGGGGAGAUUAUCCAAUCAAGGAUUGUCAGAAACACAUGGCAAGCAACUUGCAAUUUGUUUUUUGAGGCGCACCAUGGCAGCUCGCUCAAGCUACAAUGAAGAGAGGAACCUCCUUCGCAUCCGAGAGCGGGAGCGGCGGAAUCAGGGAACCUUCCAGGAGAAGGAGUUCUACCAGGAGACCGUUCCCCUGUUUGGGGAACCCUAUAAGACGAACAAAGGAGAUGAGCUGUCCAGCCGUAUCCAGAGGAUGCUGGGUAGUUAUGAAGACGUGAACAAUCCCAACACUCACCAGUGUUUGGACAGCAGCUUCUCUAAGGACCCUCAAUCUCACGUCGCCACAAAGCACGGGCGGCCAUCUCGCAGCCGAGAGCGAGCGAAGCCUCCAUUCCAGAACCCUCCUCAGUACGGGGCGAGCCAGAGCCAGAGUGGUGGUCCGUCCCGUGGUAGCCACUCUGGCCAGCCUCUGAAGAAGAUCCAGGGUCCUUCCUCCUCCUACACCCAGUCCUCCCUGGAUCUCAGCCAGGGCCAGGCCUGCCCAGACCCACACCAGAGAAAGACUGAGCUCUGGCCAGACCUGAGGGAGUGUGCCAGUCUUCCUCCGGUCCUCUCCGCCCUGUCCCCCCCAGCCGAGCCCCUAUCCCCCCUACAUUCCAGUGACCCCAGCGGAUCUGAACACCAGGACUCCCCCCUGCACCCUGAGAGGCACCCGGCCUCUCCCCAACACCCCGACUCGCACUUCCCCAUGGUGUCCCCCCUGGAUGACCCCCAGAGAGACAUCCCGCCUCCGGCCAUCGAUGGGACUACCCUGCCCUCUCAGACCUUCCCUCCACCGCUGGCCUCCAAACCCAACCUGGUUAUGCCUCAGAAGCCCACAGCCUACGUCCGGCCCAUGGACGGCCAAGACCAGGUGACCAGCGAGUCUCCGGACCUCAAGCCUUCUCCAGAAGACUUCCAUGGGCAGUCUUAUCAUGAACCCUUACCAGACUUGAAAAGCACCAAGCCCAGCCUUUCCAAACUGAAGAUACCAUCACAGUCUAUAGAGUGUUGUGCUGCCUUCCAGACUCCGUCAAAUGAAGCUGACUGUGUGGAAGACAUUCUGAGGGAAAUGACCCACUCCUGGCCCUCCUCCUGUACGGUUACAGCAGCACAUUCCAGUGGGGUGGAGUCAGCCAGCUCCAGUGACUCUGACAGCAGCUCGGGGUCGGAGUCGGGCAGUGAGAGCAGUGAGAGUGGGACCGAGGCCCCCCCACAGCCCCUCAGGAGUAGCAGCCCACCUGUGACAAAGACGGAGGGCCCCGUGGUAACUAACUGGCAGUUGAACAACUGGAUCCGAGUGAGCCAGCAGAACCCCAGCACAGAGAGCCAGAGUGACGCUCUACUGAGCCCUCUACCCAAACAGCAGCAGAGCCAUGAGGAGGAGACCAUUCCUCCCAGGGACUACAAAUCCCACACACCCCCACAUCGCCCAGAGUUCAGUGACGGUGAAGCCAAACCUCAACGCAGUGAAGGCGCUGCCCACAACCAGCAUGUCCAACACAAGUCCCCGGUCGCCUCGCACGUUGGGAACAGCAGCAGCAGCCAGAGAAAGACAGUGGGGAACAAACACCCCUCCAGACCAGCCAAGGCUCCCCGCCCUGAAGACCCUCAGGCUGGGUUACAGGUGGAGAGUGUGGAGGUUGUCCCCCGUGACAAAGACUCCUCGUUCACAGACAGGCCAAAGGUCAAAACGAAAACCGGCCGCAGCAGCAAGAGCAGCGGAGCCAAAAUAAACAGUAGGAAGCCUGCCAAGCGUGGCGCCUCUGAGAAGAAGACCGAACAACCAGAGUCACAGGGUGGCCCCAAGGUGACUCUGGUGCUGGACUGUAAGAGGGAGAAGUCUCCUAGUCCCAGCCCUGCCCAGGAGGUAGACCAGCCAGCCCCAGCUGUGGUGAAGACCACCAGUGUCAGGACAGAGACCCUCCCGGCCCCUCAGAAGGGCCAAAAGAAGCCCCGGCGCCACUCUCUAGACCCAGCACACAAGGCCAAGCGGGAGUCCUCAGCCAAAGCUUCCAGGGUCCACCAGGSGCCUCCGGGGGCCCUGCUGGUAAAGAUAGAACUGAGCCUGCUGUCCAGGGUUCCCUCCCAGGGCUCCAGGCCUUCUUCAGGGGUCCAGGAGCCAGCCAUCAGGAAGGGACCCAACACGGCCCCAGAGAGGGGGGACACCAACCCUGCUGCCCCCAUCCCUACCAAAGUCUGCAAGAAGAGACCGAGAUCAACAACAUUCCUAUUCCCCUCAUUCUACUCUCCCCUCUGUAACAUGCUGUCUGGCCCGCUUUCUCACAGGACUGAGAGGAAGCGGUCUAAGGGGCCUCCUGUCCCUCUGCUGCAGACCACCACCACUCAGGACCCUGGGAAAGGGCAGGGGGGCCACAAACGGCACGCGGUGGAUGCCCCAGAGCCUAGCACAGCAUCUGCAACCCACCGCAGGGACAGGGAGGCCUCCACACCUGUCAAGCACAAGAAGAGCGCUGGAAAACAACGCACAGAGCAUGCCAAGAAAGCCCCCAAGAGCAGCGUUGCCUUCUCCGUGCCUUCCCAGCCCACCGGGGCUGCCCUGUCCUCCAGACCCCUGCUCCAGUUUGAAGACAGGCAGCAGCCAGUGGAGUAUCAUAUGAAGGAAGCCAAAACACUCAAGCACAAGGCAGAUGCCACGCCGGAUAAGGUGGGCAAAGCUUUCAACUACCUAGAUGCUGCCAUGUCCUUCGUGGAGAGCGGCAUCGCUAUGGAAACCGAUCCCCAGACCCCGAAGUCGGCAUAUACGAUGUUCGCCGAAACCUUGGAUCUGAUCAGGUUCAUACUGAAACUAAAGGGCUCUGUGAACCCCUCGGCCCCUGCUACAGACAAGGACUUUACAGUUUUAUGUAUGAGGGGCCUGUCCCUUCUACAGAUGGCCAUGUUUCGCUACAAACGAGAAGCAGCACUUAAGUAUUCAAGGACCCUCACAGAUCAUUUCAAGAGUUCCUUAAAGUCUGCAGCCCAGGCUCCUUCACCAUGUAUCUCAAAAAGCACGGGUACCCCAUCCCCCAUGUCUCCCAUGCCAUCUCCUGCCAGCACAGCCAGUUCUGGGCCGGGCUCCAACCACAGCAGCGGGGCGGGGGCAGGCACCGUCAGCACCGUGGCCAUUCCACAGGUCAUCCAGCAGGUGGCGUCUUCCUACGUCAACAUCACGGCACUCUUCCUGAGUGCUCACGACAUCUGGGAGCAGGCUGACGAGCUGGCCCWCAAAGGCAGUGGUUUGCUGUCUGAGUUGGACUUGACUCUGGGCCCGUUGAGCCUGACGUCCACCAUGAGCUCUCUGGUGCGUCACACACGGCAGGGACUGCAGUGGCUCCGACUGGACACCCGUGAGGCACAGUGACCGCUUCUCAUCCCCGUCCCAGCCCUUGCCCUGUCGACGACGCGCCAGCCCUGGCUUGCCCUGUCCACGACAUCAUUUUUUGUUUUAUUUAUUGACGGGCCAGCAGAUGAAUGCAGGAUCCCAAGUCCCUCUACAAGUUGUUCACAUGGAUACCAAGUAACCUUUUAUUUCAUUUUCUCUCAACUACAUAUAUCUAUAUAUAUCUCACACACACACACGGAUUACAUGCAUUUUCGGGUCCCUGUCCUCUGUUGGUCACAUUGAAGGGUCCAUCAAUAAACAACUAUCACAUCCUCUGGAGCUCAGGGGGGGCUGAGCUGAAUAGGACUCCCUCCCUUUCUCAACAACGGGCCACACAGCCAGCUGACUGGCCCUGCCACACCCCUCUGGGGGUCAGUAGGGGUGUCUCCCAGUGGAAAGCCACACCCCUCUGGCGGUCAGUAGGGGUGUCUUCCCGUGGCCUGCCCCACCCCUCUGGGGGUCAGUAGCGGUGUCUUCUCAUGGCCUGCCCUGUCUGUCUUGGAGGUCAGUGAGGGUGUGUCCCUGUGGGAUGGUUGUCUGAAGAUACCAGCUUUUUUUUGGUUGGGGUUCAGAGAGGCCUCUCACCUUUCUCCUGUGGUAAUGCAAAGCAGUGAUGACAAAAAGCUUAUUUAUUAGUCUCAUUAUCAUGAUCUUUAUUAUUAUAUCACUAUAAAUAUAUUGUUGAAGUUUUUUUUUUUUUGAUCAAAAGCGUUGAUAUGGCCAAUGUUUUACUUCACAGCCAACUUAAAAAGGUCCUAUAGAAGUGAAGGGAUCUAUCCAUCCCAGACACGUCUAUAAUAAUACUGGUCGAAUUCGGCAGGAUAUAGUUUAGUAUGUCUCUGCUCUACCAUAAAGUAUUUWAAAGUGACUAGAUGCAUUGUCCUGAAAUAUGAACGUCAGUAUUCUUGAAUGGAGACGACAGAUGGUCCUUGAUGCUUUUUGUGGAGAUAUAUUAUUCUUUUUCCCAUUUUUCUCUUCAAAAGAGAUGGAUUCUAUGUGCCAGGGCGGGUCCACUAUGUUCAAUCAGUCAUAACAGAAAUAUGAUUYGAGUUGGAUUUCGUACUUACUUUCCCUUUUUAUCAACAACUGUUCAUCUGAGACAUUUAGAUAAGAAACCAAAUAGUCUGAUUUGACCAGUAGCACUGGUCCCUACUCUUCAGACAGGAAGCAGGAAGUAACUACCUCAUCUUCACUGCACAUGGGAAGCAGAGCAACGCUGUCUGAUGGUAGGGGAGAGAGGGAGGGACUGUGGCCUAAUGUGAUGGUUGUGAGCGUUUUCUCUAGUUCUGCAAUCUAUUCAGCAUACAUGCUUUUUAACACGCAGGCUGAAGCUGCGCAUCAAACCAGUUUUUAUACAGACAUGGCAUCGUUCAGUAGAUAUAAAAGUGCCUUAGAUGGGGUUUUUUAAGGACACUUGCGUCUGUCUUCCCAAAUGGAAUACUUAUUGAAUAUAUCAUCAACUUGUAUUGAUCAUUUACAAAGCAAGUCCCAUUAACUGAAGUCAAAAGUGGAUUGAGUAUGUGGUAGGAGUUUUGAAAGCAGGAUACUCUUCCCUUUACUAACAGCCAUGACCGUUGGAAAGGGUUCACUGUAGGACUGGCAACCUGUGAGGAAGCGUUGACAGGCUGUUUUGUUUACUUCCUUUGCGUAGCUCUGGUGUCACAUCCUGUGCGUACAUACGAUAACAGCCCCAUGUCAUUUGACAAUAACACUUGUCAACACAUCUAAAUGAUUGCUGGGUUUUUUUUCUCCGUACGGUAGUCGAAAACUACAGUUUAUGUACCACACACGUCAGCAGAAGUGACUGGGCAAAUGAUUGGCUAAAUCUUACAACUGGCCUUUGACCCUAUUGCCCAUUUUUAUCUCUUCAGUACCUAUUACCACCAUUUUUAGACCACACARCUCCCUAGAUGACAAGAUGUCCCAAAUGGCACCCUAUUCCCUAUAUAGUGAACUAUUUUUGACCAAGUAGGCUACUAAUAUAGGGUCCAAUUUGGGACAUAGUCAAUGUCUCUAGAGGAGUAUUAAUUUUUAUCAUGGACAUUUAUCUAUUCGUGGAGAUCAAAGAUUACCAGACGAAGACAAUGCCUUUCUGUAGAAUUAAUUGAUAUAAUUUCCCUUUUUUAAAGCGCCCUGUUCAAUUUCUGUAGAAUGAAUGACUUGGUGUUUUGUUUUUCUGAUUUCAAAAAGGUGGUGGUUUGAUGGUAUUACAAUUACACACUUGUAUUUGAUUAAAUCAGUGGUUUAUUUAAUGUUUUAACGGAUGUUAUUGWUGGCGAAAUACUAGUGAUCCUUUAUUAUUUUGUAUCAGUCAAUCAAUAUUCUGAUAUUUAAGCCUAUAUACAACCCUGCCUCUCUCAUUUCAGCAUUAACACAACAAUGCUUUACAGCAAGAUAAAACAACGUGUAUCAUUUGCACUUGUUUCAAUGUAUUUUCGGUUUCCUUCAGUGUUCUCCUCCGGGUUGGACAGACAAGACAACUUUGACGUGUCACAGUCCUCUUGCUUGUUGUAAGGCUUUGGUUAAGAGCAAUAAAACCGAGCGGUGAAUGCAAAACAAUACAUAGAACAUUUAAUAAAAUACUGUUUUUGAUGAAAGAUUGGAGAUUGGUUUACAUCACCAUGCUUUGCUUAAAAUUGAAAAAAUCUGUGCUGUUUAGUUAAUUGAAUUGUUUUAUUGUUACUAUACUGUUAAAAAAAAAAAAAAAAAAAAAAAUUGGAGCUCACUGGAAAAGCUAUUUCUAUUGGCUGACAAAUAUAUAAGGGCUGCACAUGGAACCACAAAAGAAAAAUGGGUUUGUAUUUAUUUUAUCACAAAUAUGAACCGUAUGAAUAGAGUAUACUGGUACCAUGGCUUUAUAAAUAUAUAUAUAUAUAUAUAUAUAAUUUUCUGCUUUUUUCUCCAAGGUAGGCUGCUUUGUAAGUAAUCAAUCAUACUUUGAGUUACCCAACUUGGAUGUCAAACUGCACAUGAAAUGAAAUGUUGUCCUGUUUUGAGAUGACGUUCUACGUUUUGUACUUACUAAAACGUUGCUCUGGUUUCUACGUCAUGUUACAUGUCCUUUUCAUAUUUUUGAAGGUUUAUUGUCAUGCUUCAUUUCAAUCUUWAAAAAAAAAAAUGYUGCGCUUCAGUUGUAGGUAUUCUGUGUGCAGAAAUGUAUAAUUAUUGUCCAUAAAUAUAUGAUAUCACACUAAAAGGAACAACAUCACCGUGGUCAUUUACUGGGAAAAUGUGCAGAAAUCUUUUGUAAUUAAACUUUUUUGCCUUGUGGAAAUAUGUAAAUAGUUUGAGCUGCAAUGUACAGAGAUGUAUAAAGACUGAUUGACAAUGAAUUUUGGUUUUCUUUGACUCAAGUUCCUUUCCCCCAAAGAUGCUGUUUUGCAGACCUUUUUGUAGCUUGGCUGCUGUAGCUGAAGAUGAAUUGUUGAUAAUGUUUUAACUGGCUCAACAAUACAUCUAGACCAGACCUCUGUACUGUAAAAUGUUUGAGGCAAUAAACUUUGGGGAAAAUGUG